GAAAGAAUUGUAAAGAAUAGAGUAUAAAAUAUUGCGUGUCAUUGAAUGCAAGAAGGAUGAGAGAGGAGAGCAGGAAAAAGGAUUGGAGGGAGAGACGACCCAACAGGUUAUUCAACACGAUGAAAUCUCUCAGUUGUAUGGUACAAUAAUUCCACAUGAAGACCUAGACCUUGAACCAGUAAACAACGAUGAUACAUCACAUCAACAUGUUCAGUUAGUUGCCAUAAAAUAACAAGUCACUUAAUAUAUUUAUUGUGUUUAUAUUUGACAAAGUGACUAAAAGUAAUUAACGAUAGAAAUUUUGUGUUUUUAUUUUGUCAAUUGGUAGUUUGUCAUUAUGCGACAAUGUUCAUCAUCAUGGCUCAUGUUGUUAAUUUUUUUAUUGGUAACACCAUGUCAACAGUGGCCAACAAUCAAUUUGUGGUCUUCAUUAUCAACUAAAUAUCAACAUAAUAGUUUAUCAAACAUGAAAGAUUCACGAGUGCUUAAUUUUUUUCCUGUACCAGUUGAAGAGGAGUGUCUAUCUGAAGAUAAACGUCGACGUGGUACAUGUAUGAAUACCUACGCUUGUAGAAUUAAUCAUGGAAAAUCACAUGGACCUUGUGCACUUGGUUUUGGUGUUUGUUGUGUAUUCACGACAAGUUGUGGUGGUGAAGUUGGUAGUAACUUGACAUACGUUACGAAUCCGGAUUUUCCAAAUCUCAUCGAUCAACCCAUGAAUUGUUCAGUUGUGGUAAAAAAGAUUGAGCCCCAAGUCAGCCAACUGAGGAUUGAUUUUUUGCAUUUUAAUAUCGGUCAGCCAAAUAGAAAGACAGGUGUUUGUGAUGAGGACAUGUUGGAGAUAACAAGUGGUGAUAGAACAUUUCAAUUAUGUGGUUGGAACAGUGGACAACACAUUUACCUUGAUGUUGCUGAUGGUCCAGUGACAUUAGAUUUUAUAUUACCAAGUACAUUACAAUCAAGAAUGUGGGAAAUGUCAAUUGUACAAUUACCAUUUGAACAACGUGCACCAGCUGGUUGUCUUCAGUAUUUUGAUUCAACACGUGGGCUAUUAAAAACAUUAAAUUUUUUACCAAAUGGUAGAUAUCUUGCAAAUCAAGAUUAUUUAUUAUGUGUUAGACAAGAAAAAGGUAUGUGUAGCAUUGCAUAUACACCAUGUACAAAUGAUUCAUUUCGUAUUGGUCCAAUGAGAUACAGUGUUAAUCAAACAAUUGAUAUGAAUGAUGCUGAAAGUUCUGGUACUGGUAAUAAUGAUCCAACAACAUCAAUAAGACGUUGCAAUGAUCGUGUAUUAAUACCAUGUGACUUUGAAGAAUUUAUUACGCCGGGUAAUGAUGGUGCUGGUAUUUGUGAUCUUGAGCACUGUGGAAAUUCUCUUUGUGGACAAAAUGAAUUUGAUGCUGAGGGUAAUUGUCGUGUUGAAACAUCAGCAACUCCAUUUCACAUUAGAGUUGCAUUUGGAUCUGGUAAUGAAGAUUCAACAUCACCAGAAAAUAAAGCAGGCAUGUGUUUGACAUAUGAACAAUUACCUUGUUCUUAAAUUUAUGCAACAUGUUAAUUUAUAUAAAAUA